AUGCGCAAUCACCGCCGCAACCGCCACCCCCAGCUCUCUUCCCCGAUAGACAACCCCUUCCCGCCCCCCCACAACCGCCUCCCUCCCGGACCGAUAUCGACGCCGGCAUCGCCGUUGAUAGCCGCCCGCCCUCGGCGCGCCUACCGCGUGCCCCCGUUCUCGGCCUUUGACCACCCGCCCCUGGUCCACCGGAGCCGCCCCCUUAACCUCGACAAUGCACACCUCGUCUUCCGUUCCCCCUCCCUUCGCCACCGAGAACCCUGGCCCCAAGCCCGCCCGCCGGUCUACCACCAACUUGCUCCAAGACGCCUGCAGCGGCCUGGCUCAGACCGUGGCGCACGCCUGCACACCUUCCCCAGCACCGAGCACGACGACACCCGCUCCCGCUCCGCGUCCUCCGGACCGUCCACGACGGGCGCAGCCUCCUGGAGGACGUCCCCGUCCAUGCCGCCCCCGGAGUCCCCGGCAGCAUCGUCGAGGUUCCACUCCUACGACCCCACGACGCCGCCUCCGUAUCGCCGGUUCCACCACCGCGACACCCCGGCCUACGUCUUGGGCCCACCCUCCCCCUCGGUCUCCUCGUCCUCCGAGGAGAUCACGGACGGCGCCCCCGCGCGUCCGUCCCUGACGGUGUCGCGACAACGACGAAGGUCCGUGCCAUCGUCAUCGCCGCAUCCGUACACCUUCACCCCUGUUCCCUUCUGCCUCGACCGACGGGCCAGGUACUCAGGCCGAAGUGUCGGAGCCGGGUUUGUGGGGCCCGAGGACCCUUACCUCGCCGUCGGCACGCUUCGUCACCCGCAGUGUCGAUGCCGCGAGUGA